AUGGCCACAGCUGGGCAGAAAGUACGCGGCCGGCCAGCCCAUCUGCAAGGGUCAACACACUGCGCGUAUACGCCAGAUGGAAAGAAACUGGUGACGGUGGGAUCAAACAACACUAUUCGUCUGUACAAGACGGGGUACGACGGAGAGCCCAUCAAUAUCGACGAUUGUCAGGAGCAGAACCUUAGCGUUGUGGCCAACAACGAAUUCUUCAUCGUCGGCUCCGAAGACGGCACCGUCAGCCUCUACUCGCUUGAGACGCACACAUUCGAGAGGUUCCUCACUCGCUGCAACCUGCCUGUCCGCGAUGUGGCCUUGUCUCCAGAUGGGAAGCUCUGUGCUGUCGCCAGCGACGAGCUGACCGUCAAGGUCGUCGGGACGGAGGACACGUCGAAGCUGUUCAUCCUCAAGGAGCACAACAGACCCACGAAACAUGUUGCCUUCGACCCCAGAGGCAGUUUGCUGGCCCUGUCCUGCACGGAUGGUGUCCUCUACAUCUACUCGAUGACCGCGCCCGAGAGACCUGAACUGAUCAGAAAAGUCGACGGUGUGAUCGGGGCGGUCGAGACGGACUCCGAAUCCUCCUCUGUGGUCGCAUGGCACCCGGAUGGGAGGGCUUUUGCCGCGCCAACACCCAUCAGAGAUAUCCAGGUCGUUUCCAAGGAUGACUGGGCCAAUCAGCGGAGUUUCAGGAAUGGACACGAGGGAGAUAUCACAGCCAUUGCCUGGUCGCCCAAUGGGGCCAUGCUGGCAACAGCGGCCAAGGAUAAAAAGAUCCUCGUCUGGCAGACCAAGGACCAGUCCAUCAUCGCGAGAUACGAGUACGCCGACGUGAUGGAUCUCGCAUGGCACCCCACCAACAACCUGUUGUCCUUCACCACAACAUCAGGCGAGGUCUACAUCUGCCCGGACUUCAUCUCCGAUCAGUUUGCUAUACUGCUCAAGAUGCCAAAACAGCCGGCGCCUUUCAUCCACGACCCCUUGUCAGAAGUCUCGGCAAAUGUCCGCAGGCCGCUGGCCAACGGCUUGAAACCGCGUCCACCGGCCGCACGCACAGAGCUGACGGAUGAUCUCGACUCUCUCCUUGACGACGGCUUCGGAGAAGAAGACGAUGGGUUCGUCGUGGACGAUGACGGUGCUGGCUAUACUCUGGGCCAGAAGCGGCCUGCCGAUGAUGAUGACCUCUUUGGCGAUCACCCCAACAAGCGUGCCAAUCUCUUGCGGCCUCAGUAUCAUGAGGCAUUCCAACCGGGUUCAACCCCCUGGCGAGGCAACAGAAAGUACUUGUGCCUGAACUUGAUCGGUUUCGUAUGGACAGUUGAUCAGGAUUCACACAACACCGUGACAGUGGAAUUCUAUGAUCAUGAGUUUCACCGGGACUUUCAUUUCACCGAUACAUUCAAUUACGACAAGGCCUGCCUCAAUGAGAACGGGACGUUAUUUGCAUGUCCACCGACGCAAGAUGACAAGGAGGACACGCCAGCAUCAAUAUUCUACCGGCCGCACGAGACCUGGACACAGCGUAGUGACUGGAGGACAGAGCUGCCAAAGGGCGAAGCCGUCCUUGCCAUGUCCCUAGGCGAAUCCUUCAUCACGGUGACAACAUCUGCGGACUACGUCCGUGUGUACACGCUCUUUGGGUUGCCUUACCGCGUGUAUAGGCCAAAGAUCACGCCCAUGGUCAGCUGUGCCAGCUGGCGAGACUACGUCCUGACGGUUGGCAACGGGCCUUGUGGUGCAGAUGGCCGGACGAAGCUGCUCUACAGCAUUGAGAAUGUGAAGCGGGACGAGAUCUGCCAGAACGCAGACCUGGUCGCCCUGCCUGAGGGUGUCACCAUCAAGAGCGUCUUCUUCUCGGACAAUGGGGACCCAUGCAUCUACGACAGCACCGGUACUCUCUUGACUCUGCUACACUGGCGCCAACCAUCCCGUGCAUCGUGGGUCCCCCUCCUCGACACAAAGCUCUUGCCUCGCCUGGCCUCUGGGCGCAGACAAGAAAGCUAUUACCCGGUCGCAGUAGCAGACAACAAAUUCCACUGUAUCAUUCUCAAGGGUGGCGACCAGUACCCUUACUUCCCCCGUCCCCUCCUCUCCGAGUUCGAAUUCUCCAUCCCACUCCACUCCGCCACGCCCAAGCCCCAGCACAAGACCACGGAUGACGCCGCCGCCGAGGACUCUGAUGGCGACAUGGACGUUGAUGACUCAGGCAACUCCGAGUCACGCAAGCUUGAGCAGCAAUUCAUGCUCCGCGGGAUCCAGGCGGCACAGAUGGCGGACCUCGUAGAGGCGACGACGAGCACGCACGCGCAGCGGUCGGCGCUGGCCAGGCUGGAGGUAGAGAUCGACAAGACGCUCCUGCAGCUGCUAGCGGGCGAGUGCCGCGAGGGCGAGGAGCGGGGAAUGCGCGCGCUCGAGAUGGUGGAGCUCAUGCGGGACCGCACGGGCAGGAUGAUCGAGGCGGCGGGCAAGGUGGCCGAGAGGUAUGGGCGGACGAUCCUGGGGGAGAAGAUACGCGAGGUGGGCGAAAGGCGGGUGAACGGGAUGGACGAUUUCGAGUGA